CCAACCUCGAUUGCUAAUGUUUUGCUUUGCUUCAGUGUUCCGGGGUGAGAGGCAGUUGUUAUUACGAGCAAAACUCGAAGCAAAUUAUAACACUGGGAAAAGAUAAUUGGCAUCCGUCUAACCACCCACGCACACCAAUUCUGUAAUUAAUGAAAUUUAGGAGCACAUUGGUUUUAAUUUGAUUGGCUUUUCACAUUGCUAAAUCGCAAUCGCACCAAUACGUGACCUUCGCUGGAGCACCUAUUUCAUUGUCAGUGUCAAGCGGGAAAAAAUCAAUGGAGGACCUGACGCCAUUAACCAACCUUCAACAGUUUUAGUUCCAAGCUUUUUAAUUUUUCUACUGACCAAAAGCCGAAUUUCUUCGAUUACGAAAAAUCAAGCGAAAUCCACAAUCUCGGGCUGAGAUUCAUCUAAUUUGCGAGAUUCUCUUUCCCCGAGGGUGCGCCGCGCAAGAAAAAAAUGUCAGAGCGCCAACCGUUGCUUCUUCAGAGCGAUGCCUCCGACUACGAGGGCAGUCGAGGAUCGUCGGCACGUCCCGUACGCAGCUCUCCCCCGGAUAAUACGCUGGUCAACGUACACAGCGAGGACAGCCUAGCAGUGCACGCAGCAGCCUCGGGAUCCGGCGAUGAUGAAAACGGAUCUACGGAUAAGUUCAACUACAACCCCACCCAUCAUCGCACCUUGGAGCAUCCGACAUCGAAUUUUGACACCCUGGUUCAUCUGCUGAAAGGCAACAUUGGCACGGGUAUUUUGGCCAUGCCGGAUGCCUUCAAGAAUGCUGGACUCUAUGUCGGACUCUUUGGAACCAUGAUCAUGGGAGCCAUUUGCACCCAUUGCAUGCACAUGCUGGUGAACUGCUCCCAUGAGCUCUGCCGGAGAUUUCAGCAGCCAGCAUUGGACUUUUCGGAGGUGGCAUACUGCAGUUUUGAGUCAGGACCUUUGGGAUUAAGACGGUACUCCAUGCUGGCCAGGCGUAUAGUAACCACGUUUUUGUUUAUUACCCAAAUUGGAUUCUGCUGUGUCUACUUCCUGUUUGUGGCGCUGAACAUCAAGGAUGUUAUGGAUCACUACUACAAGAUGCCUGUUCAGAUUUACUUGCUAAUGAUGCUCGGGCCAAUGAUCUUACUGAAUCUUGUGCGAAAUCUUAAGUAUCUGACGCCCGUUUCGCUAGUAGCCGCUCUCCUCACUGUGGCCGGUUUGGCGAUUACCUUCUCCUACAUGCUGCAAGAUCUUCCCGAUGUGCACACGGUCAAACCGGUGGCCACCUGGGCAACAUUGCCCUUGUAUUUUGGAACCGCCAUCUAUGCGUUUGAAGGGAUUGGUGUUGUCCUGCCUCUCGAAAACAACAUGCGGACCCCCGAGGACUUUGGCGGCACCACUGGUGUCCUUAAUACGGGCAUGGUAAUCGUGGCAUGUCUCUAUACAGCAGUGGGGUUCUUUGGCUAUCUGAAGUACGGCGAACAUGUGGAGGGUAGUAUAACCCUAAAUCUGCCGCAGGGAGAUACCCUAUCUCAAUUGGUGCGAAUCUCCAUGGCGGUGGCCAUCUUCCUCUCUUAUACGCUUCAAUUUUAUGUACCUGUAAAUAUCGUUGAGCCUUUUGUGAGGAGUCACUUCGACACCACGAGGGCCAAGGAUCUUUCAGCCACUGUCUUGCGAAUCGUUCUAGUCACUUUUACCUUUUUACUAGCGACCUGCAUUCCCAAUCUAGGAUCCAUUAUAUCCCUGGUGGGAGCCGUUAGCAGUUCAGCUUUAGCCCUCAUCGCUCCACCAAUCAUUGAAGUAAUAACCUUCUAUAACGUUGGUUAUGGCCGCUUUAACUGGAUGCUGUGGAAAGAUUUUCUCAUCUUAAUCUUCGGACUCUGUGGCUUUGUCUUCGGUACAUGGGCCAGUUUAGCUCAAAUAUUGAACGACAGGACCCAUUAAGUUUAAAAACGAAGAGGGACACAUAAGCAGAACCUGGCUAGUUCUGCCUAACAAAUGAGUGCGAAUUUAUGACCGAAGGCUUUAUGUAGUUACUCUCAGACUACGAAUAUGUUUACCAUUAGCUGUUUACCCAUUCGAAACUGGUAUUUAUCCAGUCCAGUGGCGGUGCUCUAGUGUGUUUAAUUUAUUAUUAUCGUGAAUAAGUUGCAUUUUUUUGUUAUCAAUUAGCUGCAAUCGUACCAGACAAUAACUAGCAUUUUAAGUAGAAAGUUAUACAAUAUAUUUGUUCAGUUUGUCAGUUGGAGAUUAUUUCUGUGUUAACUCGAGGACCGCACAAUGCCAAAAGUGAUUUUACGUAGUAUUCUUAAAUAAAUUAUUAUUUAGCUUUUACUAUGUAGUCUAGAUCGGGACAGAUCAUUCCAAAGCAACUGCUCAGAAUUUCCCAAAACCGAAAUUAGCUAAAGUUAUCUGCAUACUUUUAUCGUUCUUAUAUUUGUAAUUAUAUAUAUAUGUAUACUCCACAUACCAUAUUGGAUCCCCGAUACAGUCUUGUAAAUACAUCAAUUCGGUGUAAACAAAUGUUCUUUAAUGGUUCAACGGAUAACAAAAGACAAUAAUUAAUAUAAUGUUUAUAAAAAUCUG